UGCCACAGCAACUGUUGCUGCGCUGGUCGUCACCACCAGGCUGCUUCUUCUUCUUCUUCUUCUGCAUGGUGAUGUUGGGAGUGGACGCAGAGUGAGUGAGUUGACCCUCCUCUUUCCAGACAGGAGGCGAGGACGUCCCCCCUUAGCUGAGAGAGAGAGUGAGAGAGAGAGAGGGGAGGUCGAGAGACGCCAUCAGGAGCGUCGUGCACAUUCAUCAGUCGCCCUCCCGGCAGGAUUGUGUACUCACACACUCGCCCAGCCUGAGCCUGAGCCAACACAGGCAGGACAGAGACAAGCCGGCAGAAAAUGUGAGUGUGAACGACUUUCCCUGUUGCUCGGGUUCCAUAGACCACUCAGGAAGGACAUGAUCGCUUGAGCAGAGACAAGUGCCUUCCCACUCACCUGCCUCUGGUCUGCUGGCCUCUCUGGUCCUGGACCCAGUCUGCUGGCCUCUCUGGUCCUGGACUCAGUCUGCUGGCUUCUCUGGUCUUGGACUCAGUCUGCUGGCUUGUCUGGUCCUGGACUUAGUCUGCUGGCUUCUCUGGUCCUGCACUCAGUCUGCUGGCUUCUCUGGUCCCGUCAGAGUCUAAACUGUGGACUUCCCAGGCCAAGGACGCUGUCCACAGCUCCGCUACCUCCAUCCUUCGUAUCCUUGUGGCCCUUUCCAUGCGGGAGUCCUCCCCUCCGCACGUUGAACUUGAUGCUAAGGACUAGCAGAUCCAGUCAUCUGUGAGCGGGAAGUACGUCCUCACCUCCCUCCCCAACCCGUCAUGGGCCGACACAAUCAAUAAUGUUUUACCACCGUUGAGCCGAGGCGGCUUCUGAGAGAUUGCAAAGUGCAGUAGGAUGAGCUGCAGGUGGUGAAGCCCCAAAGAGGCCUCCGAGGCUAGAAGCCCGCCGUCCUGACAGAGACUUUCAAAGCCCACCUUCUCCCAUGUCAUUGACCUACUCAUCCGCAUCAGCAACACCCGGGCCGGCUCACAAGCACACUAGCUGGAGGUACGCUGCUCCAGGUCUGCUCCUUGCCUGCUCCCUGCUGCACAAUGGCAGUCAACCUCACCCCCAUCCGGGACACUAAGUGGCUGACUUUGGAGGUUUGUCGGGAAUUCCAAAGAGGGACGUGUUCCAGGCCAGACCACGAGUGCAAGUUUGCCCACCCCGCCAAGAGCUGUCAGGUGGAGAACGGCAGAGUCAUCGCCUGCUUCGACUCCCUCAAGGGUCGGUGUUCUCGGGACAACUGCAAGUACCUGCACCCCCCUCCACACCUGAAGACCCAGCUGGAGAUCAACGGAAGGAACAACCUCAUCCAGCAGAAGAACAUGGCCAUGCUGGCCCAACAGAUGCAGAUCGCAAACUCCAUGAUGCCUGGCACCCAGCUGCAGCCUGUGCCCAUGUUUUCAGUCACACCGAGCCUUGCAACCAAUGCCACUGGUGGUGCAGCUGCAGCAUUUAACCCCUACCUUGGCCCGGUGUCGCCCGGCUUGAUGCCUGCUGAGAUCCUGUCCAGUGCCCCGGUACUGUUCACCAGCAACGCCAGCGUCCCGGUCCCACUCGGCACUGCUGCACAGAAACUGAUGAGAACGGACAGACUGGAGGUAUGUCGGGAAUACCAGAGGGGCAACUGCACUCGCGGGGAAAAUGACUGCCGUUUCGCCCACCCGGCAGACAGCACCAUGAUCGACACCAACGACAACACGGUGACGGUGUGCAUGGACUACAUCAAAGGGCGCUGCUGUCGAGAGAAGUGCAAGUACUUCCACCCUCCAGCUCACCUGCAGGCCAAAAUAAAAGCGGCCCAACAUCAAGUCAACCAGGCUGCGGCUGCUGCGGCCAUGGGACUCCCGCCAGUCCUGCCUCCUUUACCAAAGAGACCUGCCCUUGAAAAAGCCAACGGUGCCAGCAUGGCCAUGUUCAACACUGGUGUGUUCCAGUACCAACAGGCUCUGGCCAACAUGCAGUUCCAGCAGCAGGCUGCCUUCAUCCCGUCAGGCUCCAUAUUGUGCAUGACGCCUGCAACAAGUGUUGUACCCAUGAUGCACGCUGCUACUCCGCCCACUGUGUCUGCCACCACCACUUCUGCCACAAGUGUUCCCUUUGCCAGCGCCUCGUCCAAUCAGAUUCCCAUCAUUUCUGCAGACCAUCUGACUAGUCACAAAUAUGUCACCCAGAUGUAGGAGCCUCAACAAGAAGAGUGGAGCUGCAGAGUAAGACUCAACAAGUGACUUGACACAGCAAAAGAAUGCAAAGGUGGAAUUACACCUGGACAAAAAGAGGCGGGGUCUGCUCCGGUCUCAUGCACGCUGCAUACAUUUCAAGGGGGCGGGGCUCCACCUUAAUUCACCGGGCGCACUUUGAAUGUCAACGUGGAGCGACUGAGGACGCGAGCUCUACGUCACGCAGGAGGAAGGAUGGCGUCUUUCGUAUGUUUGUUGACGGCUUGUGGGCGGUCUGUGGUGUGUUUACACAAAGGUGCACCUUAUGUUGGAAUAGAAGAGGAGAGGAAGAGUGAGUACUUUGUUAGUCCAAGCAGGAGUGGAGUAGAAGGCCAAUAGAACUCUUAUCAGCGAUCAUGCAAAGCAAUGAGUUUCCCUUUAAGACAUCAGUUUGUAUUUGUCAUCACCCUAAAUCCUCCAAUCUCACACCAAAUGUUGCUCUCCUCAAUUCCCAAGAACCCCCUCAGUAACCAGUUCUGGGGCUUUGUUUUUACCUCUGAUGGAUUCUGUCUCAUUAGGAAUGUUUGUUGACCAGACUUUAAGUUUUUCGUUGUGUUCAUGUUCUGUGGGUCAACUAGUUUUUUGGGAGCGUCACCGAUCUGCUUACUAAGUUUGGUGUAUUUGAUGGGCGGUGAGAAAUGUGACGGUUGUGUUCCUCAUCGGAAGCCAUAGGGCAGGGGUGUCAAAGUCAUUUUAGAUGGGGGGCCACAUGGAGACAAAUCUACUCCCAAGUGGGCCGGACUGGUAAAAUCACGGCACGGUAACUUUAAAACAAAGACAACUUCAGAUUGUUUUCUUUUUUUAAAAAAUAGAACGAGCAUAUUCUGAAAAUGUACAAAUCAUAAUGUAGUUUUUUUUUUUUACACUUACAUGUUGCAGUGAAUAGUAUUCUACAGAGCCCCUAAAGCAGACCUGAGCAAAUAAAGGCCUGGGGGCCACAUGCUGCCCUUUAAACUUUUCCAUCUGGCCCGCCGGACAUUUCCAAAUCAUUUAUUUAGAUGUUUAAGAUGUAAAGUGUAGCUGCCAUUAUGAUGUGCACUCAUCUUUUAUAAUCACUCUAAGUCUUCAACUAUACUAAGUCUUUACAUGCUUGGAAUCUGCACUUUUGGAUGAUGUACCAGUUACUAUGGUCAUCUAAUUAGUUAGUAUUGUCAUCUACAAAUCCCAUUUCCAUACAAGUUGGGAAAUGGUGUUAGAUGUAAAUAUAAACAGAAUACAAUGAUUUGCAAAUCCUUUUCAACCCAUAUUCAGUUGAAUACGCUACAAAGACAACAUAUUUGAUGUUCAAACUGAUUUUUUUUUCAAAUAAUCAUUGACUUUAGAAUUUGAAGCCAGCAACACGUGACAAAGAAGUUGGGAAAGGUGGCAAUAAAUACUGAUAAAGCUGAGAAGUACUCAUCAAACACUUAUUUGGAACAUCCCACAGGUGUGCAGGCUAUUUGGGAACAGGUGGGUGCCAUGAUUGGCUAUAAAAACAGCUUCCCAAAAAAUGCUCAGUCUUUCACAAGAAAGGAUGGGGCGAGGUACACCCCUUUGUCCACAACUGCGUGAGCAAAUAGUCAAACAGUUUAAGAACAACCUUUCUCAAAGUGCAAUUGCAAGAAAUUUAGGGAUUUCAACAUCUACGCUCCAUAAUAUCAUCAAAAGGUUCAGAGAAUCUGGAGAAAUCACUCCACGUAAGCAGCAUGGCCGGAAACCAACAUUGAAUGACCGUGACCUUCCAUCCCUCAGACGGCACUGUAUCAAAAACCGACAUCAAUCUCUAAAGGAUAUCACCACAUGGGCUCAGGAACACUUCAGAAAACCAUUGUCACUAAAUACAGUUGGUCGCUACAUCCGUAAGUGCAAGUUAAAGCUCUACUAUGCAAAGCGAAAGCCAUUUAUCAACAACAUCCAGAAAUGCUGACAGCCUCUCUGGGCCCGAGAUCAUCUAAGAUGGACUGAUGCAAAGUGGAAAAGUGUUCUGUGGCCUGACGAGUCCACAUUUCAAUUUUUGGGGGGGAAAUAUUCGACAUUGUGUCAUCCGGACCAAAGGGAAAGCGAACCAUCCAGACUGCUAUUGACGCAAAGUUGAAAAGCCAGCAUGUGUGAUGGUAUGGGGGUGCAUUAGUGGCCAAGGCAUGGGUAACUUACACAUCUGUGAAGACACCAUUAAUGCUGAAAGGUACAUACAGCUUUUGGAACAACAUAUGCUGCUAUCUAAGCGCCGUCUUUUUCAUGGAUGCCGCUGCUUAUUUCAGCAAGACAAUGCCAAGGCACAUUCAGCACGUGUUACAACAGCGUGGCUUUGUAAAAAAAAGAGUGUGGGUACUUCCCUGCCCCGCCUGCAGUCCAGACCUGUCUCCCAUGGAAAAUGUGUGGCGCAUUAUGAAGUGUAAAAUAGGACAGCAGAGACCCCGGACUGUUGAAGGACUGAAGCUCUACAUAAAACAAGAAUGGGAAAGAAUUCCACUUUCAAAGCUUCAACAAUUAGUUUCCUCAGUUUCCAAACGUUUAUUGAGUGUUGUUAAAAGAAAAGGUGAUGUAACACAGUGGUGAACAUGCCCUUUCCCAACUACUUUGGCACGUGUUGCAGCCAUGAAAUUCUAAGUUAAUUAUUUGGAAAAAAAAACAAAGUUUAUGAAUUUGAACAUCAAAUAUGUUGUCUUUGUAGCAUAUUCAACUGAAUAUGGCUUGAAAAGGAUUUGCAAAUCAUUGUAUUCUGUUUAUAUUUACAUCAAACACAAUUUCCCAACUCUUAUGGAAACGGGGUUUGUACAUAUGUAGCAUCAUCUACAAGGAAUUGCUUCUGCGACAUCUAGUGGACACAUUUGGAACAGCAGUUUCUUUCAUACGUAAAUGUCAGGUUCAUGGUUAUACUUGGCAAACUCUUCCUGGGGGCCAGAUAAAACCUGUUGGCGGGCUGUAGGUUUGACACCCCUGCCUUACAAUGUACCGUGGGGUCAGCGGGGUGAGUGGGGUCAGCAGGGUCAGUGGAGUCAGCGGGAUGCAACAACGGAAGCGACAAGUUGCCUGAUCGUCGCCAUCUUUUAAGUUUAUUUGUGCAAUGUUCAGUCCUAUUUAUCUCCCUUCUGAGCAGACUUUAGGAAGUGUGUGUGAACUUCUGUGUAUAUUUACUUGGAGUACAACGAUUGUAUUGUCAAUAUUUUUAUCAUGAUUAUUAUUAUGAUUGUUGCUCACUGACAGAGUCUCUCUGUGUUCUCGGCGCAAAGACGUUUUAUAUGAGUGACGACGUACGAAAACAGUGAGGCAGAGUUGUCGUCAUGGCAACCGUCGCUGACAACGUUUAGCAUUUUAACUGAUUUGCUGGGUUAGUAAGUAGUCGUAUAAUUGAACAAGAAAAAAAGACUAUUAUGAGAGAAGGUAUUGUUCUUGUGUGUUUGGACUACAAAAGUUAUUUUCUACUGUAUCCAUGUCUAAUAAUUACUGUUGGGACAUUUUUACUCCCUGGAAAUUGGGCCAUGUUGGAAAACAAGCUGCAUAUUUGAUCUCUCUUUUUUUUGUUUUUUUGUCGUUAUUCUUUUAGUGUGGCGUUGUUGGCCCCGUCAUGUGACAGGACGGGGCGGUUGGAGUUUGAUCUUUUGCACUUCUGUAUAUAGUUGGACAAAAAAAAAAGAAAGUGGUGUAUAUUGAGAUCUUAUUUUGAAUAUAAAAAAAUGACGUCUGUA